UGAAUAUGGCGUUGGUUUCAGUUUCUCCCUCACCCUCAAAGUUUUAUCUCUUAGGACACACUAAUAAUCCUAUUUAUAAUCUGAAAGCCCCCACCAAAAUCUUCAUUUUUCCGACACCCAAUACUGCCCCUCGUCGUUCCAGAGUCUCCUGCUCCGCCCACCCUACUCGUCCACGACGUCUCUCCCAAAUUGUUUUCGGGAAAUCUGGAGAUGAAAGGUUUGCCAGCAUUUCUUCUUCAAGUAAUCAACAAACUUCUUCCGUUGGAGUCGACCCUUAUCCAACUGUGCCACCGCCGUCGUCUCAAAUGUAAUUCAAUCCACCGUUUUCCUCCUAUUAUCUUUGGUUUCUAAUUUCUGCUUUCGGAAUUGGAGGAAAAUGAUCUAACUUUUUUGAACAAACAUUUGAUGUUACUUGAACGCUGAAUUAGAAAGUAAUAGUCUAUAUUAAAACUAAUGUUGCAUUUUAGUCAUUUGUCUAGUUUUAAUCUUUUUCUUCUUCUUGAUAACUUUGUAAUGAGCAAAAAGCAAGCGCGGCUAUCAAACAGAGCCAUAUUUUUCAUGUACAAUGAAACACUGUUUUAUU